AUGUCCACACCGACAGCAUUAAAAGACUUUCCUGCCCCUGCCCCCGUCUCGAGCACCGUCCCUUCCGCCCCCGCCCCCGCCCCCGCCGUCCCCUCCGCUCCGCCCCCGCCCCCGAGCUCGUCCAGACCGCCAAGAGCAACCUCGCAUCGUGCACCCAUCACAAUCAACACCGCCAUCUCUGCCCCGAGCACGCGGACGCACCCGCUCAAGCGCCUGUCGAUAGACCUUUCCGACCAGUCCUACUCGCAUUCCACCUCUACAGACGCCUACACGCCCAUCACCCCGACCCAGGAAAACGGGCAUAUAGGCAUCACGCGCCGGCGCCAGUCCAUCUCGUCUCCCAGGGCAAAGUCCAACUCGGUCGAGAUACCCCAAGGCAAAGUCCGCUCGCCGGGAGCUAGCAGCGGGUUUUCGUGGUUGUCAGGAGGCAGACUCGGAAUCCCCCACACCGAAGACAAGGCGUCUAAGAGCGACGACGAGAGAGAGGAAGACGAUAUAGACACGCCCAACUGGAAGCGGCAGGCAAAGAAGGGCCCCAUACAUCACAAGUGGGACUGGGGAAUGCCGACUCAGAUGGCGAACCCGGCUGUCGAUGUCACCCCAACGACGCCCCUAGAGGGCGACCAGACUACGCCUCUGGUCCAGCCCAUCAACCUUGCCUCGUCCUCCCACUCCCAUUCCUCUGCCGGGUCGAUACCCAAUCCCCUAUUACAACCCCUACCACGAGAUCCCAACAACAUUCUGCCUCUCUCUGUCGGGUCUUCCCCUUUCGCCUCCCCUGUCGCAUCGCGCGCCCCCUCGCCGCAUCGCAUACAGGAUUUUGCGUCCAUGUCUAGCGGUGGCAUCUUGCCCGGACCUUCGUCUGCCCCUGGGCCGUUUACCAGCGUGUCGGGGUCUAGCCCGCGCACCUCCAUCUCAACCUCUUCAUCGCGAAUAUUCAACGGCCGGUCGGGCAGUCGAAGCUCGGCAGAGGACGACGAGCUGAGUCCGCCCUAUAGAAAAUACAAUCCCCACUCGUGGUUUGCUCGGUCACAGGCGCCAGUAUCGCCCAAAGCUCCCUCAAAUGCACCCCGUAUCAUGCGGUUGCCUUCCACUGCGCGGCUGUUGCCAACGGGCACCCGACGAUGGGGGUGGUUGCUCGAGUGGGCUGGAUUCGGUGCCCCGCCAGAUUCGCCGAGAAUAAGCGGGGCGAGGAGAAGCGAGAGGGAGCAUCUGAUGGAUGGUGGUGGGAUGCACAGGGGCAAGAGAGGGACAAAGAGAGUGCUUGGCUCAAAGUGGAUUGCGAGGGUAAUGGUGUUUAUUCCCACAAGCCUGUGGAGUAUUACCCUGUUCCUCGUGGCUCUAGCCAUAUUUGCCGUCACGCUCACACUGACACUCAAACACAUCCUGAAUCCAGAUAAAGAGGCCUUACCGUGGCGGCAAUACUGCACCUCCUCUUACCCGACCCUCUAUUCGUUACAAGACCCCUCACAAAAACCCAUCUCCGUCUCCCCCGACCAUGCCUCACACUCGCAUCCCAUUCCCACCAACUCUUUUGCCUCAUCUUCCACCAAACUCACCCUUACUCCGCUCACCCCCUCCCACCCCACAUGGCCGUACCGGCCGCAUGCUUCGCUUCCGUACUCUCAUGAGACCGCCCAGGGCGAGCUGGACUCCCUCUUGGCGCCGGUCGGCGUGUUGCUCGGUGUGUUUACGACGGAUGCUGGGCUGGAGAGGAGACAGAUGAUCAGGCAGAGUUACGGCAGUCACUGGAGAAGCAGGAGGGAGGGCACGGAGGGGGUGAGGGUGAGGUUUGUCAUGGGUAGGCCGAGAAAGAUGUAUGAGAAGGCUGUGCACUUGGAGAUGGAGGCGUUCAACGACAUUGUUGUCCUCGACAUUGAAGAAAAUAUGAACAGCGGCAAGACUCACGCCUUCUUCUCUUGGGCUGCUGAAAACGCCACCGUUCCGGACUGGCAAUACCCCCACCAUCCCCGCGAAGAAGACAUUGACGACGGUGAAUCUGACGCGGAGAGAGAACGGGGCGGUAAAGCGAAUGCGCCUAUAUGGAUGGGGGAAAAGAGGCCGGACUAUGUCGCCAAGGCUGAUGAAGAUGCGUUCAUCAUGCUCGGAGAACUGGAGAAGCGGUUGAGAGUCGCUCCGAGGAGCAAAGCCUUCUGGGGAUACCUUGUCAAGAACCAAUUCAUGGCUGGCGAAUGUUAUGCCUUGACGUACGACCUUGUACAAUACAUUGCCGCUUCUACUGCGCUCAAGACGUUGACACGAGGCAAGGAGGACAAGCUGGUGGCCAAGUGGAUGAACAUGCACCCACAGAGAGAGGAGAUUGUAUGGGUCACGGAUAGAUGCUGGAUCUAUGAUCACCCAAAAGCCGGCACCGUCUACUCGCACGGCUUCCUCUACCCAUCUGUGGUGUCUGAAGUACGAACAGAAAAUCGCACAGGCCUCUCCCCGGCUGUCAUCGCUCAUCGCGGAGGGCAUGAUGCUGCCGACGCCUACUCUACAGUUUCCAAAUUUGGCGUCGCCUACCAUCCUUUUGCAGACGACAUGUCUGUCACUGAACAAGUCGAAGCGCUCGUCGAAGGAUCGCCCCUGUCACGUUUACGCGAAGAAUCCCACACCUCUUCAAAACAUUCCUCUCAACAGACAUACUCCAAAACAGAGUCGACUCGACACAAGGUUGACAGGCUAUACAAGGCCAAGUCGUCCAGGGUCGAGCGGUUCUUGGGUGAUCAGGAUGAGAGGGGAGGGACUGUGGUUGUGCAUUACAUCAAGAAGGCGGACUGGUUUGUGGAAACGAUGGUGGCGUUGUUGGGGACUGCGGACGAGCAGGACGUGUGGCAUAGGGGCGUUGGUAUGGGUCUGAGCGCGCUGGAAAGACGGAAAGGAAGAGUAGCAAAGCCCAAGAGUGAAGGGGAGAGAAAGGUGCAGGUGGGCAAGAGCCCAAAGGGGCUGUAA